AUGGCGGCAAAGAAGAAGAAGAAGAAGAAGAAGACCAACGACGACAAAGAGACGAAGAAAGAGGAAGAAGAGAAAACAAAAAUCAAGAGGCACAAAUCGACGACCUUGGUCCGAGGGACGGCCACGUUUGACAAUAACAAACGCGUGGACUUCGUCACCGGGUUUCGGAAGCGAAAGAACACGAGACGGAAAAAAGCCGCCACGGAAUUCGAGAAGAAAUUGAAAGAAGAACGAAGAGAGGCGAAGAUGAACAAAAGAAGGACGUUUCGAGAAAUGCUAGGGUUAAAAGCAGACGACGAUCAAGAAGAAGAAGAAGAGGAGGAAAAGAAGGAGGAGAAAAAGAGAGAGGAGAAAGCGUACGCGAGUGGUGUCAGCGUCGUCAUCGAAGGGCUGUAA